UAAACUUUAAAUUAAUGUUUUAAUGUUAAUAUUAUUUCCAGUCGAUGGACAUCUUUUUCAAUUCUUUUUCACCGUCGUUAUCACUUUACGCAUAACGCGUGUACACGUAUGCAUAUUGUAGAUGAGUAGGUAGGCACACAGUGGCCUAUAUACAUCUAAAAUGAAGCUUAUAGCUUCUUAUCUGAGAUUACUUUCAGCCUUACUUGUUUUGCAGAGACUAUAAUAGUUCGGCGAGAACAUGGUAGACGUCACAGCGCCUUUACCCUCUAAUGGAGGAGGAUCGUUAAUUGGACGCACCAGAGGUGCUCUCAGGUCUGUGCGAUCCGCUCUGGGAGGAAGCGGAGAGUAUCUCCAGGGCCUAGGGAAUAGAAUAGGAUCCGCUCUUAGUAGUAGUUUAGAGGAAAGUGAACUGACAACGACCCCUUCUUCGCCACCUUCUUCGCCGCCGCAAAUACCACCGGCAAUCAAGUCAGAAGAACAAUUAGGACGGCGGAAACUCAGACUUCCGAGAUUCGGCGCGGGAUUAUCGUACGAGGAUUAUGAGGCGAUGGCGCGACACAAAUUGGAGCGACAAGUAAGCGCCAAUCUUUCUAGGACGCGAAAGUAUCCGCCUGGGAUGACGUACGAGGAGAUAGCAUCCUCGAGAUCGGUCUCGAGUAAAAAGCAAGAGAAUCGAACGGAGCAAGAGGACGUCAGUCCCGACCGGGACAGCCAGGAAAGUAUAGAGCCUCUUCAAGAGCAGGACAUCAAAGCGACCGGGCCCGAUCCUUACGAGAAGUUGAAUUACAGAGCAGCGAGGGCGCCGACCCGCUAUCAGACGGUUGUUUUCCGUUUAGACGUACCUUGUAGCAGUGAUUCUACGAGCGAUCAAGACGGAUAUGGACCAAGUACUAGUUUAGAUUCCAACAUGGACGGUCGCAGAAUGUGGCAGAGAUCAGGAUCAUCAGGUUCUGUUCAAUCUUGGGCCUCGAGCUUAUCAGCUGAUAGUCAAUCGGAGGAAGCAGCCGCGGAUUUUAUGAAAGCUUUCGUACCUUUGUUAUUCGAUGCGCCUAAUAGUAUCGAUCAAGAACAAAAGGCUAAUUUUGGACAAAUGGUCUUGACCGAAUCGGGAAGAAUAUGGUUCUCUAGAGUGGUGAAUGCGAGAAGAACACGUGCGUGUGUUACGGAAGCUUCAUUUUACUCCUUGGCGCAGCAUUUCGCGGUCGCGUUGUUUGAAUGUCACGAGGCAGACGAUUUUGCGCCCGCUAAAAGUCUCAUGAACAUGUGUUUCACUUUUUAUCACGAAGUCGAAGUUCCUGGAUUAGAGCCAUAUCGUGAAUAUUUGUAUACGCAUUUACGUGUUCAGCCGAUAUGGACGUCUAUGAGAUUUUGGACAGCUGCAUUUUUCGAUGCAGUUCAAUGUGAACGAGCGUCCAGACCGGUACCACCUCGACCGAAAUCCUUAGAUCAAGAAAGCAUCGCUGCCGAAGAUCGAAAGUUUCAAGCAAACAUUGUCUUCGGACAGUUAGGGACUUUCACUUGCAACAUGCACGCUUUCGGCCUGUCACGAGCUUUAUGCAUGGAAUUUCUUCGGAAACAAUGCAUUAUUGCGAAUUUAACCAAAGAACAAGAGAAAAUGCUGCGAGAUAACAUAGAUCGAAUGUUUGACGAGACCGAGCCAUGGCGGUAGUUUAAUUUGAAUGCAAAUAAAAUCGAUUUUGAAAAUAGUUUUAAGAAGCGAUUCAAUAUUUCUUCUUGAAAAUAUUUUCAAAAAAAUCGAAUUGUCUUCGUAAGAUUGAAACAGCGGCGAAGUCAAUUACGAACGAAAUCUUGUUAAUUAAUAUUGUUGAUAAGAAACAACAUUUGUUGAAUCUUAUGCCGUAUUUGACGCUGGACACGUCAAUUUUUGAGAUCAAGCCCUGCACAGAUUCACGCGCCUUAAAUUAUUAUGAAGAGUGUACAUUAAAUCUUAUAUACUAAAACAACAGCUUUUACGUAUCGAAUAUACAUUUCUAUAAAUUCGCGCAUUAAGAAAUUAAUUCUAUAACAGAAAGUAAGAGAAGUUACAAUUUGACAGCAAAAAUUUUGUUUUAAAACAUUUAUAAAUUUUCAAAUAAAACGUUAAAAUUUACACAGAGCGAUGAAAUAAAUUUAAGGACAGAAAUGACAAUAAGAUUUGAAAAUGGAACUGCUUUAUUGGCAGUUUAAUCGCAAAAUGUGGUUUAUUGAGUGCAAUUUAUUAUUAUGAUAGGCAAAAUAAAUUAAAGAGAAAAUGUUCUCUUUAGAGAAACUUAGAGAAUGUAAUUCAUAAUUCGAUAAUAUAGAUAAUUUUCGAUAUAUGUAUAUAUAUAUCAAAACUUAUUCACGCAAAUCCUAAACAAAAAUCUACACACACAUUUCCUUAAGGUAAUUUUGAUUUUAUAACUCGUAUAUGCAAUUAUUUAUUUAUGUAAUUACUUUUACUAUAUUCUAUACAAUCAACAUUUAAUAAAGCAGUUUUGAUAUAUCGAAAAUUAUAGCUGUAAUGUAAAAUUGAAAUCUGCAGUAUUCUUGCAGUUAAAUUUGCUGUUUUUACAUCCUGUGAAAUUAGUGACUACGGAAUAUAUAGUUCAUUACGAAAAUACCAAUUAUAGACAGGUCCAGAUACUUCGUAUAUCUUCUCAUUGCUUCUUUCCUUAAUAAUAGCAAACACAAAUUUGAUGCGUCACAUUAUGCGUAGCUUCGCACUAAGUUAUCAAUAUAUGAUCGAAAAUUGCGCGUUUUAAAUGAAAUUUAUAAAAAUAUAAAAAUCAAGUGCUUCUUUCGCAUUAUUAAACAGAAA